GUGGUCAAUUUGCUUACACCAGUUAUUACCACACCCCUCUGGCUAAUGUAUUUGAAUAGGCCAGGCAUACAGUAAAUCAAAUAACUUAACGCUUUCCAUUAAAUGCUUGAAUGAGCCUGGGAUGUCAAGUGCUCAAACAUUCCGAAUUCGGCGCCUCAUUCCUGAUUUAGCUGGAAACGAUUGCAGACAUUAGUCAAAACGGUCACUUCUAAGUUCUGACUAUUGAAGCGAAGAAGUUCGUCAAGGAAUAUUCUUCGUUUUUUUCAUUUUUUCAUCGUAGAGCUCGAUGUCGCCUAUGAAUGAACUAUAAGUCACAACGACCCAAUGUUCAACAUAUUGAGCAUUUUGUGACUUUUUUCUUAGUGUCGAAUUUCGACGAAGCCAUGCGCUGCCAACCACGAUGAAACGGUGCGGUGGAGCAUGAUCAGGGAACUGGAUAGAGUGUGCCACACCGCCUACCCUCAAAUACGUGGUGGACGACAUAUCAAAUUUAAUGGUUAUUUCUUCAAUCUUAGAUUUGCAGAUGGUGACAAGAGAAAAGGAAAAUUAAACAUUUACUUGCACGAUUCUUCAGAUGGUGUAAGAGGCCUGGACGCCGUUCUUCGUGCACGGCCAGAAUAACGUGGAGGUGCCCUUCGGCUCGCUGAUGAAGGUGGAGCUGAACGUGCGCCCAAGACUCUGGCUCAACGGCUACCAGCAGCGGUGCCGUGACGACGCAGGAUACCACCAGCGCAGCUGUCUGAACCGCUGCUUCGGGCGCGCGGUCCGGCGGGCUCUCAACUACAGCUGCAGCCUGGAUUGGUUUCUGGACGAGGGGAGCACCUGCCAGGACCCGGACCAGGCCUACACAAUGGCCAGCUACGUUGACGAGCAGGACUCUGCUCUGCUGCGUGACACCGACUGUCAGCGGCAGUGUCCGCAGCCGUGUCGCCUCAACUUUUUCCACUUCACGCCGUUCUCGCGCACCGAGCGUCCGGUGCUGGCGCGCCACCAGCUCUCCGUGCUCACCCUCUCCUUCCGCGACACCUUUUACCAGCUGACGCGCGAGAAACUCGUCUACGACUCCUUCACGCUAUUUGGAGAGGUGGGAGGCGCACUCAGCCUUCUACUCGGCAUGUCACUCACUUCUUGUAUGGACGGCUCGGCCAGGGCCCUCGACCUACUGUUUCGGCGACUUCAUCCAUGAGCAUGUAGCUGUCUGCGCCAACCGCCAGCAAUGGCACAUAUGCAGUACAGAAGACAGAAGAUUGCGAACGAAAACAAGUGGAUUUUUUUACCCAUAAUUUCGCUUCAAUUUUACCCGCAUGUAAAUAGAUGGUUGAAAACCAUAUGCCUAUUAAGUAAAUCGUGUUUUUAGCGUGACAAUAAAGAUUGAGCAGUGA